AUGUCUGUCUCAGAUGAGCCAAUGUCAUUUGAGCUCGUCAACAAGCUUGUCAACAAUGGCGAGCUGGAUAAACUAACUAGAUCGCCAGAGGUUAUGGAAAAGUACAAUGCCCAUAAACAAUACUUCAGAGAUAAGGGAAUAGAUAUGGUGACAUAUAUUCUUUCGCACGAAUUGCAUUGGGUCCCAGAAGAUACGCCUCUAGACACACCUUCGCACGAGCUACUGGGGACUGUUGUGAAGCCGGUGGAUAAACGCCCAUUUGCCAAUGCGCAGGACAUGACUAUAAUCCAGAAUUCGUAUCCUUAUCAUUUAGAGCCUGGCAUCGAACACCUUUGUGUAUGGGUCAAAUUUCCCUUGCCCCCAGAUCCGAACUCUGCAAAGGGUGAUAUAUCAAAAGGGGACAGAAUCCUGAUAGAGGAGUACAUCAGGGAGACAUUUUGCAACUGGCUCAACAUACCUAGAGAUCAUAUUGCAUGGUUCAAAAAUUGGGCAAAAUUACAAAGCGUGAAGUCUGUUCCUCAUAUUCACGUUAUUAUAAAGGACAUGGAUCAACAAGCACUGGAUAGAGUAUUGCACACGGGUGGGAAGGCUAUAAACUACAAAAGCGAUGAUAGUAAAUUAUAG